AUGGCUACACAUCAAUCCUCCGCUGCAGAUGCCACUCCCCCAGUGGCGACGGUUGAGACGUCCCAUGAGACCAUGACAGCGCAUCAGUCCUCCGCUGGAACCGCCACUCCCCCAGAUUUUCCCGCCUCUCCCCCAGAUCCUUCCGCCAAUCCAGCAGCGCCUUCCGCCACUCCUCCAGAUCCUUCCGCCUCUUCCCCAGCGGCUUCCGCCACUCCCCCAGAUGCUUCCACCACUCCGUCAGCGCCUUCCGCCACUCCCCCAGCACCUUCCGCGACUCCUCCAGCUCCUUCCGCCACUCCCCCAGAUCCUUCCGCCACUCUCUCAGAUCCUUCCGCCACUCCCCCAGCGCCGUCUGCUAGUCCUCCAGCGCCGGCUGCGCCGCCGUUGGCGGAGGCAGAGGGAGGAGGGCAGGGUCAGUAUGAGGAGCAGAGUCAGGGGCGUGGGGAGGCGGAGCGGGGCGGAGAGGAGGGGGGAGGAGGAAAAAAGACGCAAUCGGGUGGGGAUCAGGGGCAGGGGCAGAUGAGGGGAGGGGAGGUGGCGGAGAGCUGGUACAAGAUAAAACGCGUGUCGUUCCUGGGGCGGCAGCAGGUGCCAAUCGUCAUGCAAAACGACAACGGGCCCUGCCCCCUCCUUGGCAUUGCUAACGUGCUGCUGCUCCGCAACGCCAUCUCCCUCCGCCCCAGCGCCACCGAGAUCUCCCAGUCGGACCUGCUGUCGCUGGUGGCACACCGUCUGCUGGACAGCAACACAGGCAUGGAGGGUCGCUCAGCAGAGGACAUAAGCAACAGGCAGCAGAACGUGGCGGACUGCAUGGCUCUGCUGUCGCGCCUUGCCACGGGGAUUGACGUCAACGUGCGCUUCACAGGCAUUCAUGCGUUUGAGUUCACGCCAGAAACAGCAAUCUUUGACCUGCUGGACAUCAGCCUCGUGCAUGGCUGGCUGGUGGACUCACAGGAUUCAGCAACAGCAGCAGCGGUGGGGUCUCUCUCCUACAACAGCAUCGUGGAGCGGCUGGUCGCCCUGCAGGCCUCCCACCCCGACCUUGCUGCUGCCCUGCUGGGCGGGGGAGGGGGAGGGGGAGGGGGAGGGGGAGGAGGGGAAGCCUCAGAUGGCAUUAAAACCCCUCUCAACCCCUCUAAACCCAUCUUAAACCUUCAUGCAGGACUCGGCGACAGCAGCAGCGCGACAGCAGCGGCAGUGGGGUCCCUCUCCUACAACAGCAUCGUGGAGCGCCUCGUCGCCCUGCAGGCCAUGUCUGACUCGGCCACAGCAGAGGCAGUGGGAUCCCUCUCGUACAACAGCAUCGUGGAGCGCCUAGUUGCCCUGCAAGCCAUGUCUGAUUCAGCGACAGCAGCAGCGGCGGGGUCCCUCUCCUACAACAGCAUUGUGGAGCGCCUCAUUGCUCUGCAGGCCAUGUCUGCCUCCCACCCCGACCUUGCUGCUGCCCUGCUGGGCGGGGGAGGGGGGGAAGGAGGGGCAGGGGGAUGGGGAGGGGGAGUAGGGGGUGGAGAGCGAAUGGGGGAAGGGAGAGAGGGAGGGGGGGCUGGAAGAGGAGGGGAUGUGGGGAAAACAGGAGGUGGAGGGAAGGGUGGAGGGAAACCAGAGGGGGACAGAAGAGAGGGGGACGAGAAACCACGUGUGGGAGAUGAAGGGAGUGCAGUGACAGCAGCUGCUCUGGCAGAGUCCCUUGCCUCCCUUCUCCUUUCCGAACCUCUACCAGUCUCCGAACCUCUACCAGUCUCCGAACCUCUACCAGUCUCCGAAGCGUCAUCGGUUUCCGAUCCUGUGCCAUCUGCUUCUGAGCUUCGUCCAGCUUCCGAGCCUGUUCCGGCAUCUGUGCCUGCGUCAGCUCCCGAGCCUUGUCCAUCCUCCGAGCCUCUUUCAACCUCGGCUGCCCGAGCCUGUGCUGCUGCAGAAGAAACAACCGGGGAGGAGAGUGAGAGGGAUACAGAGGGAGAAAGCAUAGAGAGAAGUCCGAAGGGUGGUGAGGGGUUGGAGGGGGUAGAGGGUGGUGCAGAAGCGAGGCAGGGGAGUGGGGCUGUUUCUGGUUCAGAGAGGUCCGCUGAAGAGAAGGUUAGAAUCGAGGAGGAGCAAGGGAUGAGGGAGGAGCAGGGCAGAGGGGAGGAAGAGGAAGGGAUGAGGGAAGAUGGAGGGAAGGGAGAGCAGAGGGAAGGGGAGGAGCGCGGGAGUGGGGAUGGAGAGGGGAGGAGCGAAGGGGGAGCUGCACUGGCAGUAGGAGGGGGGGAGCAGGCAGGGGGGGGGGAGAUGCGGGAUGAUGUGCGGGAAGCUCUGCUGCUCUUCACGUUUCUCAACGACACAGCCAGCCAGCUCACCUACCACGGCCUCUUCAGCCUACAGGAGGGAGUGAAGGAGAAUCAGCUCUGCGUGUUCUUCCGCAACAAUCAUUUCAGUACUCUUUUCAAGCGCACCAACCACAUCUACCUGCUGGUGACCGAUCAAGGCUACCUGAACCAGCCGGGCGUGGUGUGGGAGAGGCUGGGGCAGGUGGAGGGCGACAACACGCUCUGUGAGGGGGACUUCACUCCCUUUGCUCCUCCGCCGUCGCUGGCCCUGAGUCAUGACGGCGCUGCUGCUGCACAGUGGACGCAUGAGGAUGAUGCUGCCAUUGCUGCUGCUGCCGCUGCUGGCAUGGAAGGAUUGGAGCUCGUCCCAGGCAUGGACGCAUACCACUUGCUUUGCGUGGAAGGGCAGCUGCAGGCAUGGGGGAAGCAGAGGAAGGGAUCUGUGAAAAAAAAAAAAUCUUCUUGUUUUUUUCCCUCACGCCCCCUUCUCCUUCUCCUGCUACUUCUCCAUGUGUUUUCUCUCAUCUUUUCUCCUGUUGCUUCGCCUCCCCUUUCGGAUCUUCAUCUGGCUCUGAUGUCACAGCAGCAGGAGGUAGAGGCAGCAGUGAGGCAGCAGGCAGGGGGAAGAGGAUGUGGGAAGAAUGUUCCUUGUCUCUUCCCCGUAUGCCCUCUUCCCUUCUCCUGCUACUUCUCCACCCCUUGUACCAGUUCGGACCUUCAGCUGGCCCUGAUGCUGCAGCAGCAGGAGGUGGAAGCAGCAGAGAGGCAGCAGGCAGGGGGGAGGGGGAGGGGCGGAAGCAGGGGGGGGAGAUCAGGGGGAGUGGGGCAGGUGCGCAGUGAAGGGGGUGGCACCAGGGGGGGAAGUGGGGGAGGGGCGUGGGGGCGGGAAGGAGCAGUGGGAGGGGCAGGAGGGCCGAUAGAUGUGCAUCAGUCAGGGGGGAGGGGGAGGGGGAGGGGGCGGGGGGGCAGGGGAGAGGGCAGAGGUGUAUCAGGAGUGAGGAGCGAAGGUGGUGGUGGUGGGAGGGAGAGCAGCAGUGGAUGGGGCAGCACGUGGGAAGCAGCGACUGGGCUCAUAUUUCACCCAACCAAGAUCCCCCUCUCGCCGCACCACACCGCAUCACACCACUUCCUCCCCGCCAACCCCUCAGGGCAGGGGGCAGCGCAGGGGUGGGUCAACGCAGAGUGA